CGGGGUCGUCUGUGUGGUGCGGCUUCCGGGCAGCCCGCUUCCCUUGCAUGUGGCGCUGUGGCUGGAGCGGGGAGCGGCGAUGCCUCCGAAGGUCUGGCGUCGACGGACCCUGGAGCGGUGCCUGAGUGAGGUUGGCAAAGCCACGGGCCGGCCAGAAUGCUUCCUCACGAUUCAAGAUGGAUUGGCAUCAAACUUUACUUCUUUAACAAAAGUACUUUAUGACUUUAAUAAAAUACUAGAGAAUGGUAGGAUCCAUGGAAGUCCUCUACAAAAGCUGGUGAUUAACAAUUUUGAUGAUGAGCAGAUUUGGCAACAGCUGGAAUUGCAAAAUGAGCCAGUUUUACAGUACCUUCAGAAUAAAGUUAAUGAAACCAUUGAAGAUGAAGACAUCAGUCUUCUCCCAGAGACUGAAGAGCAGGAGGAGUGUGAAGAGGAUGGCUCUGAGAUGGAGGAGGAGGGCUCUGAGAUGGGGGCUGAUGGUCAGAAGGACCUAAAGCAAGAUUUGGAGGAGGAAGACGCAUCAGACCUGAGUGGUGAUGAUUCUAAAGGGGGCGAGAGAGCUAAAAACCCUAGCAAAGUUGAUCUGAGGAGAAGCCCAGAUUUCAGUGAUGAGGAUUCUGAUCUUGAUUUUGAUAUCAGCAAAUUGGAAAGACAGAGCAAAGUGCAAAGCAUAUUGGAAAAACAGAACAAGGCGCACAACAAAAUGCCUGGUAAAACAAGAGAGAAGUCCAUAGUAGAUGAUAAAUUCUUCAAACUGUCUGAAAUGGAGAACUUUUUAGAAAAGAUAGAAAAAGAAGCAGAGCAAAAAGAUGAUGAUGAGGAGGAGGAGGAGGAGGAUAUUAAUUUUUUUGAAGAUGUUGAUUCUGAUGAAGAUGAGGGAGGACUGUUUGGAAGGCGAAAUCUUAAGUCAGGUAAAAGUUCUAGAGACCUGAAAUACAAAGAUUUCUUUGAUCCAGUUGAAAGUGAUGAAGACAUAGCAGGUGUUCAUGGUGAUGAACUGGUUUCAAAUGAAGAGGAAGAAAUUGCUGAAGAGGGAAAAGAAAGCUUUUCUGAAAUGGAUGAAGAGAGUGACCUUGAAGAAAGUGAGGACAAUAAACAACAUAAACAAAGCUUGAAAAGAGUGACCUUUGAUUUGCCUGACAGUGAGGAAACUGAAGAUACAGACACCUUGAAUGUAAAAAAGGAUUCUGAUGAAGUUAAAUCCUCCUUUGAAAAAAGACAGGAAAAGCUGUCCUGUGAGCCUCUCCUUAUGAAUGCAAAAAUUGCAUCGUUAGAAAAAGAUUUGUUGCAAAAAAAACCUUGGCAGCUUCAAGGGGAAAUAACAGCCCAAAAGCGACCAGAGAACAGCCUCCUGGAGGAGACCCUGCACUUUGACCAUGCCGUCCGCAUGGCACCUGUAAUCACAGAGGAAACCACUCUUCAACUAGAAGAUAUCAUUAAGCAGAGGAUAAGAGAUCAGGCUUGGGAUGAUGUAGUACGUAAAGAAAAACCUAAAGAGGAUGCGUAUGAAUAUAAAAAACGUUUAACAUUAGACCAUGAAAAGAGUAAAUUGAGCCUUGCUGAAAUUUAUGAACAGGAAUACAUCAAACUCAAUCAGCAAAAAACUGCAGAAGAAGAAAAUCCAGAGCACAAAGAAAUUCAGAAAAUGAUGGAUUCCCUCUUCUUAAAAUUGGAUGCCCUUUCAAACUUUCACUUCAUCCCUAAACCUCCUGUUCCAGAGAUUAAAGUUGUGUCAAAUCUGCCAGCUAUAACCAUGGAGGAAGUAGCCCCAGUGAGCGUGAGCGAUGCAGCUCUCCUGGCCCCAGAAGAAGUCAAGGAGAAAAAUAAAGCUGGAGAUAUAAAAACACCUGCUGAGAAAACAGCUACAGACAAGAAACGAGAACGGAGGAAAAAGAAAUAUCAGAAGCGUAUGAAAAUAAAGGAAAAGGAAAAGCGGAGAAAACUGCUUGAAAAGAGCAACCCAGAUCAAGAAGGGAAAUACAGCAAAGCAGUAGCUUCAGAGAAGCUAAAACAACUGACCAAAACUGGCAAAGCUUCGCUGCUGAAGGAUGAAGGUAAAGACAAAGCCCUAAAGUCAUCUCAAGCCUUCUUUUCUAAAUUACAAGAUCAAGUAAAAAUGCAAAUCAGUGAUGCAAAGAAAACAGAAAAGAAAAAGAAAAGAAAAGAAAUUUCUGUUCAUAAAUUAAAGCUAUAAUAUUUUGAAUAUUAUGUAAAUAUUAAUGUGUAAAUUUGUGUUCUGUCAUUGUUUUAUAAUAAAACUUUUCAGAACUAUUUUUUUGCAUGAAUGGCAGAGAAUUCCACAGUUUGAAAAGACAAAUUCCAAACUAUCUUUGGAAGCCCCAUGUUGCUUUCUUUGGGUAUAAAGUUGGACCUAGUUUCCAAGGCCCUUCCCAUGCUGCCAGGGCUGAGUGAAGGCAGCUUGGGCAUGCGAGUUAGUGAGUGGGGAGGUGGCUGGCAGGCUGAGAAGGGUUUCAUGUUGUGCUUUGAUGAAAAUGCUUUAAGCUUUACUCCAGAUGGGUAGGCAAUGAAACCUAAGGUUUAGCAGAAGCAAUAGGGAAUGUGCUUCUGGUUUUUCAUCAAAGAGAUGAUCCCUGUGGUCAAGAAGAGCCUGGGAGGUUGGCUCUUUGCCUUCUGUGUACUGCUGCAGGAGCUGGCCAUGAUGGCGCCCCUGUCAGUACUAAAUUUUUUCUGCUAGGACAGUGUUCUUGUCACCAGUGUGCCAGGAGUAAACCCUGGCCUCACUCUAAUCUUAGUGUGUCAUUUUUAUUAGUGGUGAUUUCACUUAUAUGGUCCCAAGAGUUCCUGUUUUUGUUGUUCUUUUUAAAUUCAGACAUUUUGUCAGUUCUCACUCACUGCUGGCUUAGUUCUUUCCCUUCAUUAUUUCUCUUACAAUUUGUCAAAACAAUGAUGAUUGAUCUGGGAGGAAUUCAUUUUAUCUAAGGACAGUUUGAUGUAUGCAGAGAGAAAAUCCCUUUUGUCUCCCCUUUUCCCCCCACAUCUAUGUGAGCUAUAGCAUUCCACUCACAUUCAAAGUAAUGUUUGAAUCAUUAUAUUCAUUUGAAAUACAGUAAGUCCUCGCCAUCAAUCAUGGACUUUUGAAGAGUACAAAUUUUAGUGAGAAGAUACUUAACAAAAGUAGAUCUUGAAUGUUUCAAAUGACAAAACAUUCAAGGACCUACUGUACUUGAUGUGUGCCAGGCAAUGUUCUAGGUACCAGGGAUACAACAGAGCAAAAACAGAUAGCAAUUCUUAACCUUAGGAAGUGUGCAUUCUGGAAUGUUACAUACUUUAAGCUAGCAGCAUGCUACAGCAUCUACAAAAACAAAAUACACUGCUCUCCUCCAUAUGGUUUUCUAAUCUACACAAAGAGGUGAAGAAGGAACCAUGGGUCUGAAUUGUGUUUAUCACUUGCAUUUGUAUCUAGCAUAUCCUCACAUAUCCUUAGUCCAACACAUUGUUUAAUUUUGCUAAUACCUGAAUUUUAUGAAAAUAGAACAUAUGUACCCCUCUACAGCUUUUUCACUAAUUUCCCUCAAAUUUAUCCAUAAUGCCUUUAUUUUCACUGUUUCAUAAUAUUGCGUGAAUAAAGUAGUUUUAUUCAUUCUCUUGAAAAUGUUCAUUUCCAAUUUGACAAGAAUAAUGCCAAUCUGAACAUCCUGUACUCACACUAACUCC